AUGUUGGAAGCGGCGGCAUUACGCUCGUCGUCGACCCUACUUAAAAAGAUCAUUGAUUUGAGGACGAAGGUCGAAGCCGUGGACAUGGAGUUUUUCAAUACUUUAGUCGUUUUAUUCAACACUGAUCGAGUGGACGCCGUGAGGAUGCUUCCAAAGGCUCUCAUCCAACCAGCGAGGCUUGGACAACAUGUUGAUUUGCCACUCAUUGUCGCGACUGCUGGAAGAGAUGCUGUUUUGGAAAAGAUCGAAAACGCUAUAGAGAUGCACUCUACCAAGUGGAUGAGCGACAGUGAGCUUUGGGUGGAACCAACUUAUAAAGAUAUUGAUACAAAUUACUCGAUGCUGCAGACUCUUCUCGAUUACGGCGCGGAUGUAUCUCAGGCCGAAUGGGAAGGUAUGGGAAUAUUACAUGUUGCAGCGUGGCGCAAUGACGAGCGGCUUAUGGAGAUGUUGUUGGCGACAGGGGCAAACCCCCUUUUCAAAGAUUCUAUGGGACAUACUCCAGCAUAUUGGGCAGCUCAAAUGUCACAUCACAAAAUGGAGAAGAUGCUGCGACUCGCGGAGGCAGAGGCUGUAGCGAAGCAGCCGAAGGAAAAGGGAUCGUCGUGA